GCUCAGUGCGGCGGACCUUCACUCCAGUCCAUCAGUUGCUGGAGAACAGUCGAUUCAACUCGGUUGUGCGGCGGUGAAGUAAGACACCUGUUGGCCGCUCAGGAAGUAAGACACACCUGAGCCCGCUCAGGAACUUCGUGUGUGACAAUUAUAAUAGCGAGGAUAUGGCGGAAAGAGGACGAGCGAUGGACCAUACAAGCUUCCUGAACAACUUGUUGAUGGUGCGGGAGCAAGAGAUAAGAAUGCUCUCCAAGAAGCUAUACCAACAGGCGGCCCUGGACUCUGACGGGGGAUCGGGUGUCAGCGAAGGAAGCCUCGGGAGUCCUGAACCUCAGAACCUGUCGCUGUCACCUUUCCGAGCAGUCUCCCCCGACGCGCCCUGUCCCUCGGCACCCACUUCGGAGGCUGACACCCGCUACAACGACAACCACGCCAGCAGCCUCGCCUCUAGUCAGCCACCCUCCCGAGACGCAGACCACAGCAUGCGCCCCAGGGAACAGCCGCCCCUGCACCCUUUCCACCCGCUACAUAACCGCUUGUUCAAUAGUGGGGACAGCAGUGCGUAUUGGGACAGUCGAGGCCAUAAGGAAAUCACUCAGGAGAGCCAAGAGGGCGCCGGUGCUAGGGAGGAGGAAGCAUCAACCAGAAUGAACGAGAGUCUUUAUGAGCAAGAACACAAGCAACAGCAAGCCGCCCUGGCAACCCAAGCUCUCCUCGGCUCCUUCGGCACACCACCCACCAACCCGCAUCCCCUCCUCCCCUACGCCGCUGCUCCCCACGACAACGGGGGUGUUGCUGACGUGAUGGGCGGCUCAAACCUCCUGGUGCGAGCCUUGGUGUCCUCGGCCCCGCGGCGCCCCAGAGGAGAGAAGAAGCCCAUCCCGGAGACCCUCAAGGAUGACAAAUACUACGAGCGGCGCAAGAGGAACAACAUGGCAGCGAAGAAGUCCCGCGACGCCAGGAAGCAGCGCGAGGAUCAGAUCGCCAUGCGUGCGACCUACCUGGAGAAAGAAAACUCCGUCCUCAGGGCCCAGGUUGCCACUCUAAGGGAAGAGGCUUGCUCACUCCGACAACUCCUGUUUCAGAAAAAGAAAAAAUAGUCUCCAUGGAAAGAGAGACAAAAGAGGCAAGUUACCUAGACUGGACGGAAGAAUGUCAUGUUGUAGCAAGCGUGGCCAUUGUCUUUGUGUCAUCCUCUGUCAAAAGACGACAGAUCGGAAAUUGUCUGAAUGUAAAACCUAAGUUAGUGUGAUAAUUUAGUGAGGAAAGUAACAUUACUUAUUGCCGAGACUGUGAACCAAGGGCGCGGGGCUGGGGACUCAGGCCUCACGCAACGAUGGCACCAGGCGGGCACCAGCAGGGCACCGCCAAGUAUUGGAGCUGUGGAUUAUGAUGCAAUGAUCAUAUGCCAUUGAAAAGACCAGGUGAAGCAAGUUCCAUAGAUAACCAUUUUAGUUAUUUACACAGUUGUCGGAGUUGUAUAACAGCAAAUAAGCUAAAUUCUAGCUUACAUGUUACUCGCAUUAAUAGUAAUAUUUGGAUGAUCGAGGCUGCAGUGAUUCAAUUGGUAUCCACGCAAUGACUCAGAUAAAUGACUCAUAUAAUCGUAAGUUUUCUUUUGUUUUAUCUGAUAAAAGAAAUUGAUAGUGGAUCGACUCAAAAAGUGUCCAGUAAUGACCAACUUACAUUUCAACGUAGGCUAUAGUGAGCUUGGGAAGUAAAGUGACCCCAAGGGCUGAGAGGCACCCAUGCCACCCCUGCGGCUGUUACUAUUCCUAAAUGACAUGCUCAAAGAGAAGCUAAAGCUGCUGUAGAUUGGAUAGGCUCACCCCUUCUCAAUGACCUGGCUUGCAGCCCCCCGAACACUGCGUUGAGUGAGCGUGAGGCACCGAGUGUGUUGCUGCACGAGGGGGAGCUGCUGAGGCCGAGGCACUGGGGGCGUUGUUUUCCUUCCCUCCCGCUCCUUGCUGCAGUCACCAUGGGGCUGCCGGGGAGGGCGGGGGAAGUAAGGUUGACUUAACACACCGUAUGUUGCUCAAACGUAUUACUAGAAUCUCGUAGCCUUAUUAAGACAGCCAAAAUGUGUGUGUGUGUGUGUGUGUGUGUGUGAUGGGGGAGUUAGAGUAGGAUUUGAUAUUUUUUAUACUUUGAUCACGCGUGGUGUGGUGUGGUGUGAUGGGGCACGCGCGGGGCCGGGCAGCAGUUGGCCCUGACACGGUGCUCAGGCACUCUGUCAGCUGGUCAGCCAGUACCAUGGAAGAUAAACAAGCUUCUUGAACCAAUAAAGACUGUUACAUA